UCGUUGCUCAGGUACGAAGAGGAAGACCGAGGCCGAGCCGUCAGCGUGGAAGCGUUAGUAUCGACGAUUUGGCUGGACGAGUGGGGCGAGACGGUCGACAGCUACGCGGGGAUCCUCGUCGGCUGUCAAUUACCACCGGACGUGGCAGUCGAGCCAUCUAGGGUGCACGUAGGCUUGGCUCCCUGCCACAAGAAUGCUAGUCAUAGCGUAAGGAUAAACACGGUCCGCGGAGACGAGCCGAAUCGACGACGCAGACAAUUCACUAUCUGCAUCAAAGGCCUGGACUUCGACGAGGACAUAUCGUCAAAAAUCGUCGCUUUCGUCGAGCUUCAUCGCAUACUAGGCGCCGAGCUGUUCUACUUCUACGUGUUCAGCGUUCACGAGAACGUGUUGAAAGUUUUGAGGUUAUACGAACGGUCGAACGUGAUCCGAUGGUUCAAUCUGACUCUACCGGGCGACCUGCCUAACGACAGGACCGCCAGACGGCUGUUGCUCAGUGAGGACAUCUGGAUGAAGAGGCGGAUGGAACUCAUACCGUACAAUCACUGCUUCUAUGACAAUCUUCAUCGCUCCGAGUACGUCGUGCCCAUCGACAUCGACGAGGCGAUCGUUCCGGCUAAACGGAACAACUGGCACGAACUGUUGUUGGACGAGCGGAUGAAACUCGGCAGAAGUUUCAAAGAUUUCGCAUCGUACGCCGUCAGAAACGCCUACUUCUUCCCGGAACUGCAAACCAGGAACCGAACCAAUGCUUCGGAUCGCUUUCUGGACGAUUUGGAUUACUUGGACACGGUCCGAACGGCUUGUAUCUCGCCAGAGGGCGACUCUGUGAAGAGUUUCGUCUCGACCAGGCGAGCGUUGACUGUUCACAAUCACUACGCGCUGACCACGCUCAAUCCGUCCACCAGACGGGCCCAUCACUUCGACCCAGACGACGUUCUCAAACAUCACCAUAGAGCUUGCGACGAUAAACACUUGGACUGUGAACUUUUGAUAGAAGACGUUAUGGUUGACGAGUCCGCGAUUAAAUACGUGAACGAACUUAAAGAGAGGAUGAAGGUAGUUUUCGACGACCUUAAAACGUCUACGUAAUGUACAUAAUAAAAAAGAAUUUACAUUCA